AUGCUGAUCGGUCUAUUGGAGGAACGAAAGGUUAACUGGGCAAAGGCGGUGUUCAGCAACUUAAUAGAUAUGGUGGAACCGGAUUCAAACCGGUCGUGGGGAUACACCGUUCCUCUAGGUAAGAUCUUCCUUCACCUCAAUCUCGACAUCGGUCCCGGCGUCGCUGUCGCAGAACGAUGCCUCAUCAGAUCGAGGCAAUUCCUAGAAAGGAAGCAGUCGGCCCCCAGUUCCACAGAAGGCCGAAAGAAGAAAGCCACCAAGAAAGCUGCCCCAGCCAAAGCAAAGGCUGAAAGAAAAGGAAAGGAGAAAGUAACCUCCUCGGAACCGCCGCAGCAAACAGAAGAUGAGGAGUCGGCUUCCUUCUCUGAGAGAACCGAUACGGAGAAGACCGAGGAUGAUAGAACGGUCAAUGAAGCCGACAAUCCGGCCCAGAGCCCCAAUGAUGCCGAACCAAACACCAACUCUGAGACAACCGAAGGUGGAGAAGAGGGUGGAGAAGAAGGUGAUAAAGAAGCCGGUAAUGAGGACGGCGACAAAGAGAAGGAGGAGGCCGAAAAAGAAGAGGCCGAUAGGAUAUCUCGGAAACUCCUUCAGGACGUCAAAAAGCGAGCCGAGUCAAUUGAAGAACUCUACCUGGAAUGGAACGAUCACCGGUACGGCACACCGUAUAGAGAAAUUCUACCGGGCCACACAGACGAGGAGUGCAUCCAAAGAUUGGAGGAGGUAGAAGAUAUGCUCAUGAACCUUACAAACUCCAACACACUCCAAGAGGUACAAUACCGAACCUGCCUCUUAAAACCGAAGGUCCAACUACGGAAGCUAGCAACAUGCAUCCAGAAAAUUACGGAGGAGCUCGAAGGGUUGGGACAGGAAGACACCGUGGCGCCGCGGGUGUUAGCAAGGCUUGAAAAAGCCAAAGGGGAACUUACUCAAGAAAUCGAACGGCUAGAGGCCAUAUGCAGCCGGAUGAAAAUACCGGUCUAUACUCCUCCCCAGAUCGAUACGUUUCCGAAACACUGCCCAACACCUCCACAGGAGAAUGCGGCAUCCAAAGUUUCCGAUGAAAGAGCCGACCCCAACCUCACCAGGCAAUCCCCUCCUCCAGAACCGGAAGUCCCCGCUUCAGACUUUACGAAAGAAUGGGUUGAGGACCGUCUUCAAAAGCUUGAAGCCUCCACAUCAGAACUGAUUGAUAACCGCAUUCAGGAGUUUGAAGACUCCGCGGUUCAGCCGUUCAAGGAUAUAUCCAACAUAAUAUUUGAUUCGGCCAUCAAGUUCACCGAUGCCACAAGGUGUCUUCUGGAAAGAAAUCAGGAACGGUUCUCAGAAAUCGGCGAAGAUCUGCGGGAAGAGGCGGUUCUGCGCAGUAAAUGUGUUCAGCGAACUGCAAUUCUGGAAGACUUGACCUCCGAUUUAAAGAAAGACUUCGACCGGCUUGAAAGAGAAACCGAUCAACGGUUGACAUCAAUGAAUGAUGACCUGGUGGGCACAACACUCGAUCGGGUCUCCGAACUCGAGAAGACAAAUGUGGGUCUCGUGACCGAACUAAAGGCGCUCUCUGAACAGGUUGCCGAAUUGCUAAGAGUGAAGCUCUUCUUACAUGCCGUUGAUCCAAUCUGGAUCAAGUAG